AUGCACACCGCCAUCUUAGGAGGCCCGGCGCCAAGCACCGCGUCACGUGACCCGCCGCUGGUCACGCGGCCCUCCAAGCCCCGCCCCGCACGCACGCAGCUGGCUCAGGCCCCGCCCCGCUGGUCACGAGGCAGUCCAGGCCCCGCCUCCCGUCCCGCCGCGGACUCUGGCCCCGUCCCGCGAGUCACGUGGCCGUCCAGGCCCGCCCCCCGCAGCCCAGCCGGAAGGGCCGGCGGAAGCUCGCUGGGUCGGCUCGCUGGCCCGGGCUCCCCGGCUCCCGUGGUUGCCAUGGCGGCGGUUGUCGCGGCGACGAGGUGGUGGCGGCUGUUGCUGGUGCUCAGCGCCGCGGGGAUGGGGUCCUCGGGCGCCCCGCAGCCCCCCAACAUCCUGCUCCUGCUCAUGGACGACAUGGGAUGGGGUGACCUCGGGGUGUAUGGAGAGCCCUCCAGAGAGACCCCAAAUCUGGACCGGAUGGCUGCAGAAGGGAUGCUUUUCCCAAACUUCUAUUCUGCCAACCCUCUGUGCUCGCCAUCGAGAGCGGCACUGCUCACAGGACGGCUGCCCAUCCGCAAUGGCUUCUACACCACCAACGCCCACGCCAGAAACGCCUACACACCGCAGGAGAUCGUGGGCGGCAUCCCAGACUCGGAGCAGCUCCUGCCGGAGCUUCUGAAGAAGGCCGGCUACGUCAGCAAGAUCGUUGGCAAGUGGCAUCUGGGUCACAGGCCCCAGUUCCACCCCCUGAAGCACGGAUUUGAUGAGUGGUUUGGAUCCCCCAACUGCCAUUUUGGACCUUAUGACAACAAGGCCAGGCCCAACAUCCCUGUGUACAGGGACUGGGAGAUGGUUGGCAGAUAUUAUGAAGAAUUUCCUAUUAAUCUGAAGACGGGGGAAGCCAACCUCACCCAGAUCUACCUGCAGGAAGCCCUGGACUUCAUUAAGAGACAGGCGCGGCACCACCCCUUCUUCCUCUACUGGGCUGUCGACGCCACGCACGCACCCGUCUAUGCCUCCAAACCCUUCUUGGGCACCAGUCAGCGAGGGCGGUAUGGAGAUGCCUUUUGUCACCGUCCUGCAGGUAUGGAGACGCCUUUUGUCACCGUCCUGCAGGUAUGGAGACGCCUUUUGUCACCGUCCUGCAGGUAUGGAGACGCCGUCCGGGAGAUUGAUGACAGUAUUGGGAAGAUGCUGGAGCUCCUCCAAGACCUGCACGUCGCAGACAACACCUUCGUCUUCUUCACAUCGGACAACGGCGCUGCCCUCAUUUCCGCCCCUGAACAAGGUGGCAGCAACGGCCCCUUUCUGUGUGGGAAGCAGACCACGUUUGAAGGAGGGAUGAGGGAGCCUGCCCUCGCAUGGUGGCCGGGGCACAUCGCCGCAGGCCAGGUGAACCACCAGCUGGGCAGCACCAUGGACCUCUUCACCACCAGCCUGGCCCUUGCGGGCCUGACGCCACCCAGCGACAGGGCCAUUGAUGGCCUCAACCUCCUCCCCGCCCUCCUGCAGGGCCGGCUGAUGGACAGGCCCAUCUUCUAUUACCGAGGCGACACGCUGAUGGCGGCCACCCUCGGGCAGCACAAGGCUCACUUCUGGACCUGGACCAACUCCUGGGAGAACUUCAGACAGGGCAUUGAUUUCUGCCCUGGGCAGAACGUUUCAGGGGUCACAACUCACAACCUGGAAGACCACACGAAGCUGCCUCUGAUCUUCCACCUGGGACGGGACCCAGGGGAGAGGUUCCCCCUCAGCUUUGCCAGUGCCGAGUACCAGGAGGCCCUCAGCAGGAUCACCUCGGUCGUCCAGCAGCACCAGGAGGCCUUGGACCCUGGGCAGCCCCAGCUCAACGUGUGCAACUGGGCAGUCAUGAACUGGGCACCUCCGGGCUGUGAAAAGUUGGGGAAGUGUCUGACACCUCCAGAAUCCAUUCCCAAGAAGUGCCUCUGGUCCCACUAGCGCCUGCGCGGACCCAGGCCAGGCCUGGAAUCUCCGGUUGGCCCUGUAAGUGCCUGGAGGGAGGACGGCUCUGGCCUCGGUCCUCCCCCAACUCUGCCCAAGCCAGACGGACAGCACCUGCAGACGCAGGGGGACUGCACAACUCCACCUGCCCAGGACCUGACCCUGGAGUGUGCUUGACCCUCCUCCUCGCCCACAGCGCCUCAGAUGUCAGGACCCUCCUCUUCACCCACAGCACCUCAGACCUCAGGACCCUGCCGUCUCACGCCUUUGUGAACCCCAAAUAUCUGAGACAGAUCUCAGUUUAUUUUGCCAAGGUUAAGGAUGCGCCCGUGACAGCCUCAGGAGGUCCUGACAACAGGUGCCUGAGGUGGCUGGGGAUACAGUUUGCCUUUAUACAUCUUAGGGAGACAUAAAAUCAGUAUGUGUAUGACGUACAUUGGUUCAGUCAGCCUUCUACUGAAUACACGAUUGAGUCUGGCCCAGUGAAUCCGCAUUUUUAUGUAAACAAUAAGGGAAGGGAGCAAUCAGAUAAGCGUUUGUCUCAGGGGAGCCCCAGAGGGAUGACUUCCAGUUCCGUCUGUCCUUUGUCCACAAGGAGUUUCUUCGGGCGCUAAUUAUGAGGGAGGCCUGUAGCUUCUUAUCAUUGUAGCUAUGUUAUUUAGAAAUAAAACGGGAGGCAGGUUUGCCUAAUUCUCAGCUUGA